GCGCUUUCAGUCGGAUGCGCUCCCGCUCUCAAGCCAUUGGUCGACUUGCGCGCGUUGAAGACAAACCUGACUGAGUGAGAGAAUCCAGUUUAAGACGAUGGCUUCAAAGUGCCCUAAAUGCGAAAAGACUGUUUAUUUUGCUGAGAAAGUGUCAUCACUGGGGAAGGACUGGCACAAGUUCUGUCUGAAGUGCGAGCGCUGCAGUAAGACCCUCACAGCGGGUGGCCAUGCUGAGCAUGAUGGGAAACCAUACUGCCACAAGCCAUGCUAUGCUGCCCUCUUUGGGCCAAAAGGUGUGAACAUCGGGGGUGCAGGCUCAUAUGUGUAUGAGGCUCCCGCCAACUCCUCCCCACCUGCAUCCAUCGUGGACUCUGCACCCAAACCACAGGAGAAACGGGUCCCAGCACCUUCAAGGCCGCCAUCUAAAGCUGGAAGCGUCACCACCUUCUCUGGGGAAGCCAACCUGUGUCCCAGAUGCAACAAGAAAGUCUAUUUUGCUGAGAAGGUGACGUCAUUGGGGAAGGACUGGCAUCGCCCAUGCCUGCGUUGUGAGAGGUGUAAGAAGACACUGGCAGCAGGCAGCCACGCAGAGCACGACGGUCAGCCCUACUGCCAUAAACCAUGUUAUGCUGUCCUCUUCGGCCCUAAAGGUGUAAACACUGGCGGUGUUGGCAGCUACAUCUAUGACAAGGAGCCUAACACGGAGGCUCAGCCUUGAUUUUCAAUCCUUGGGAGCCCAACUUCACUAUUAUAACAGCCACUACCAGUACCUCACGCACUUUCACAUAUGCCCCACUUUUUGCCUUAUCACGGAUAACCUGUGCCAGCUUGGACCUUUCUGCAGAAAAGUGACACUAGAUACUACAAUCAUGCCUUGAGCUCCAACUGCACCACUUCUUCUUGGUCCCCAAUUCCAAUAGUCCCCAACAAAACUGAACUGGUUAAUAUAAUCAUUUCUGAUUAAUUUAUUUACCUGUAUACAGUAUCAUUGUUUGUCUAAUCAUUAAAACACUAUUGUAGUUUCUCUACAAAGGAAAAACCAAGAUCCCUAUUUCCACAAUACUGCAUGUACAGUAGGAUGUUUAUGUAAUGUGUUCUAGUAGCAGAUAAAACAACAAAAGUUCUCUCUGGGAGCUUUUGUUUUAUGAAGAGGAGCCAGGCUGUUUGCAAUGCCUGCCGACAGAGAGAUGAAUCUCACAUUAGAGGCUCCGCGCAGGUGCGUUCGGGAGCACAUCAUCAUAAAUCUGAAAAAUAUUCCCAAACCCAGAUUCACUUUUUGGCCAUAUGGCAACAUUCCUAAGUUUAAACAUUUUAAGACAAGGUCUGCAGGAUGUAUGCAGAGACAGUAAAGUGAAACAGCCAAGCUCUUAUUUUUAAAGGGAGGAGAGAUCCUGCUUCCAGAAGGGCACCGUCUUGCAGAGUUUAGCUCUAGCUUUAAUUAAGUACACCUGAACCAGCUAAUCAAGGUCUUCCAGAUUACUAGAAAUUUACAGGGAGCUAAAAUCAGCGGGCCCUCCAGAAGCAGGUCCCUGAUUUAUGGGGUAGCUAGUUGAAGUCCAUAGAGACAGGGGUGUGUGUGAUUGGUGCUUGGUGACCAAGUAGCUGCAGCUGAUAUUUCUGAUGCCAAUCUAGUACCGUUACAUAACGCAUGGAAACGGAUUAAAGAUAUGAAUAAGCUUUUGUAUUGUUUGUGAUCUGAACAUUUUAGACGAACCCCAGUUUCUCAAAGUGUUGAAACUGAAGUAUUAUGUUUCCCAGUAGUUCUUUAGUUCGUAGUAAAUUCGACUACAUUCUUUUGAAUGUGCAUUUGUACUCUAUGACUGUUAUUUUGCUGUAUCAGGCCUUUGUUCUUUUGAGAACUUUAUGCAGUCAAGUCCUGCUGCUUCCGUAUGUUUAAUCCCAUAUUAAAGUUUAUGUAAAGCUU